AUGCUCGACAACGGAGACGAUGAUGAAUUCGACGACUUCCAGUCUGCAACCCCUGCCCCAUCGGCUCCAGCAUCAAACUCGUUCUCGAUUCAGCCCCCUGCCUCCACUGGCAGCACCAACAUGAGCACCCAAUUCGUCGCACCCAAGCCUGUAUCAGGAUCGCAAGGCGCGAACAUCAACGGUAUCGUCGGCUUCACAUCAGCUACUCCCACCCCGCCGGCUAGCUCUAUUGCCUCGCCUGUCUCGCAGACAGCUUCCAUGCAGCAGCAGCAAGUACCCAAACCCACCGGCUACCAAGCAAAAGGCCCCAACUACUUUACUUCUAUCCCCUCCGUUUCUUCCCAAUCCUCCUCCCACGCAGCCACACCAUCCUUCUCUUCUUCUAGCUCCGCCAAACCCGCUGCCUCAGCAGCAAAAUCCUCGGGCGACGCCUUCGGCUCGCUCUGGUCCACUGCCAGCGCCAGCGCCGGAAUCACUAAGUCCAACACCGGACCAAGCAAGGGCCCCAACCUCGCCAGCAUGGCCAAAGAAAAAGCUUCCGCCGGUAUCUGGGGUGCUCCUGCUGCACCUUCCACCCCGCAGGCACAACCCAAGCCAGCCAGUGGUUCAGCUUUCGACGACCUGCUGGGCUGA